ACUUCCGUAGUCGGCCUGACGUCACUUCCUGAAAUUGUCUCAAACCUCGACCUGGCGGCCCCUUCCUGGGAACUUCGCGGGUCAAUUUUUGGAGUUUGAUUGUCGGAAUCCGAUUUAAAUCGGGGCCAUCAGAACCGCAGCCAUGACGGUGGGGAAGAGCAGUAAGAUGCUGCAGCACAUCGACUACAGGAUGAGGUGCAUUCUGCAGGAUGGACGCAUCUUCAUCGGAACCUUCAAGGCUUUUGACAAACACAUGAACCUGAUUCUCUGUGACUGUGACGAGUUCAGGAAGAUCAAGCCCAAGAACUCGAAGCAGCCAGAGCGUGAGGAGAAAAGGGUUCUGGGAUUGGUGUUGCUAAGAGGAGAGAACCUGGUUUCCAUGACUGUAGAGGGCCCACCUCCUAAAGAUACUGGCAUUGCCCGGGUUCCCUUGGCUGGUGUAGCUGGGGGUCCCGGGGUGGGCAGAGCAGCAGGACGGGGUGUACCUGCAGGGGCCCCGAUGCCCCAGGCCCCCGCUGGACUAGCAGGACCUGUAAGGGGAGUCGGCGGGCCUUCUCAGCAGGUGAUGACCCCGCAAGGCAGAGGUACGGUUGCUGCAGCGGCAGCAGGAGCUAGCAUAGCAGGAGCUCCUACCCAGUAUCCUCCUGGCAGGGGAGGACCUCCUCCUCCUAUGGGCCGCGGAGCGCCACCUCCUGGUAUGAUGGGCCCGCCUCCAGGCAUGCGACCUCCAAUGGGUCCUCCAAUGGGUAUGCCUCCUGGCCGUGGAGCACCAAUGGGCAUGCCUCCCCCUGGAAUGAGGCCACCACCCCCCGGCAUGAGAGGACCCCCCCCACCUGGAAUGAGACCUCCUCGUCCUUGACCUAAUACAGACACACACUUCACCUGUCAACCUUGGAUGUUGUAUAGUUUUAAAUGUUUUGUAAUUUCUUCUGGUUUUUUUUUUUAAUAAAGUUUCCCUUGGA